CUCAUCGAAGAAGGACGUUCUUGGUAAACAUGAAUUUCGUGCAGGAAAAUAAUCACGUUCUCUACCUGUGGAGUGGAGCGGUGGGUGGCGAAAUUGAAAAGGAAGUCAACGACAUUAAGUCCAUUCCUAAGGUAAAGGUUAAUGUGGAAAAUGUGGAACGUCUGCAACUCGCGGAAUACGGAGGGUCCCAAUUCGAUGUAAUCUUAGCCAACGUUUCCACCGGUAAUUCCACGCUCAUCACACACCUAGUGAAGCUACUCAAACCCAAGGGUAAAGCGGUGUUCAAGGAUGAUACGACGGCGAACGCCGAAUUGGCACGUUCUAAUCUGCUGCUUGCUGGAUUUAUCAACAUCACUGCAUCGGACAACAAAGUGUAUGUGGCCGAGAAACCGAGCUACGAAGUGGGAUCAGCUGCGAAGCUUUCUUUCGCUAGCAAAUCGAAGGUCGCCGCGGUAUGGAAGUUGGACGCCGAUGAGGAGGAGGAGCGCAUCGACGAUGAAGAACUCCUGGAUGAGGAAGAUAAAGCCAAACCAACGGAAGAAUCCCUCAGAGUUUGUGGAACGACGGGCAAAAGAAAGGCAUGCAAAGAUUGUUCAUGCGGGCUUGCGGAAGAACUGGACGCGGAAGCGAAAGGAAAAGCUAUUACGGAUCCAUCACCUAAAUCGUCCUGUGGAAGCUGUUACCUGGGAGAUGCAUUCCGUUGUGCAACUUGUCCUUACCUCGGAAUGCCAGCGUUCAAACCGGGUGAGAAAAUCGUUCUUACCGAUACUCAAAUGCAGGCGGAUAUCUAAAGUGUUCUUUAAAGCAUGAGUAAGCAGAACGUAUUAAAGGGUUCGAGUAUGUAAGCGUGAUAAGACAGUUAAUAAAUACUACUGGUGUUUAC